AUGGACAAGCGGACCGAUGAAGAGCGUUUCAUACUUCUGCUGCGCAUGCUCGACUUUACCGGCGUGGAGGUGGACUUCGAGACUCUAUCAAGGCAGUGGUAUGGGGAUGAGUCCCUCAGCAGGGCUCUGCGCGAGCAAUUCCGUCACAUAUGCGAGCAGUACGGCAAAAUAGCCCACUCCCCGGAGAUGCCUGCACUGCCUGCUAAUCUGACGGCGUUCAUGGAUGCCAUGCUUGCGGAACCUUCCCAGGGGAACACGGAACAGGCCGUAGGCGUGGCAGCAGGCGACGCACUGUCACUCUCGACAUUCCAUGAUUCCCCGCUUGAGGACACAGCUCAAGAAACGUCAGCGAGGUGGCUGUCAGACUUCCAGCACGACCUUCAGCAAUACGUCCGCCAACAUGAAUCGGAUUUACUUGCAGCAAGCGCAGAUAGUGAGUCAGUCGAGACAAAGUCACAAGACGACAGCUCGCUGUCAAAGGUUGAGGGCCGACAACGAGGCCGCUCAGCUACCCCGAAUCCACGGAAAGGAUCGGCAAGCACUCACGCAGGCUCUUCAAAAAUCGUUUCGCCGGAUAUUCCGUCACACGGCCCUAGCAGCGCUUCCCGCGGAGACCACGGAUCCCCCUCAGCCUCGUCUUCUCUCUGCAAGAAGGGCCUUCCAGCCGGACAACCCACCGAGCCCAUUCCCGAGUUUGCUGUCUGGGCGGGAUCAGUGAGGCACGUUUUCGACGAUGAAGGUACGGCAGAGUUAUUCAGACGACAGCAGGAAGACCGAGAAGAGCAGGUGCGUACCCGUCUCGAGGAUGAGCAAGAGGAGACCCGGAAACUGAAGGAGGAGAAGAAGUUGAUGGAGAGAAUACGGAAGAUCAAGAAUCAGCGAAGAAUGUGGUGA